AUGUAUUUCAAUGGGAAUGAAAAGGGGAUCCACAACAACGGUCUCAUCUACACCAGCGUGGAAAAACUACACAUAGCAGAUUUGAAAGAAGCUAGUAGAGAAAAUGCAAGGCACAUAGAUUAUUUGCAUUUCUUAAGCAAAAAAAAACGACUCCAUAAGUUGGAGAAGUUGAUAAACAGUCACGCAGUAAACACCCAAGUAGUAGUGACAAAUUUUGCUGAUGAUGCGGAAGAAGUUAUAAAUUGUGAAUAUAUGCACCAGAGUGUGUGGAAAAAUAAAAUGUGUUUCUUUUUAAAAAAUGUUUAUUUAUCAAGUUUUUUUUCAAGUGAGUAUGUGCAUGAUAUUGUUAAGGAGUACCAGCCAAGGGUCAUCUCCCUUAACUGCAAAUACGACAACAAAAUAUACAUGAGUGGCAGCUCUGUAUAUCUUUGUGUUAAUGAUUUAACCAAAUUGAGAUUGACUUCGCAUAGGAAUGUGUACCGGGAUAGGUUCAAAUUGAGUAAUGUGGUGGUGCUAGAUAUUUGUGGCGAGGGAAAGACAGAAAAUGGGAAGACUCCUAACAGGGGUGGGGUAAGUGGCCCUUUCCCUGGAGGCGAAUCCACCACUGGAGACUCCAAAUUGAGGGAAAAAUAUCAACAGUUUUUUACAGACAUGUACACAUACCCAGUGGAUUUGGUCGGAUUAUAUAACCAUGGAACGGACCACGAAAAAUUUAGUAAAGACUUAAAAAAUGUAUUAACCCGUAGCGGAUCAAAGGAUGCGGAUGUGUAUGCAGUCCCAGUUAAAUGCCAUGAAUGCUUUUACAAUCCCGGUGGGAGGAACGUAGCUUCUAACAGAGCAAAGGGGGAUGGUCCACGUGCCAACCACUGGAUCUCUGUUGAUAAGCACUCUAACGUCUGCAACAACGAAAUGGAUAGCUUAUCUCAUGCCUUUAAUAUGAAUAGUGUAGCAGAUAUUUACAGCAGCAUUUUUCCUAACUCUUCCGUAAACGAGAACGAGGCACAUGUGAACAGUUUGGUCAAUAUGUAUAACAUGUAUGGAGGACAGGACAGUGGUCUCGACGUGGUGGUGAAUCCCAACCAUGUGACAAACAGUGAGUGUCGACAGAACGGGGGGAACAAACCGGUAGGAAUGACAAACCAAUUCAAUUACUUGGAUAUACAGGGGAGAGAGAAGAUAGGGGCAGUUCACCCAUUCUAUGAACUAAAUGCAGGAUACAUAGAAAGGGAGUUCCUUUCCUGCCCCACCAGGGAUGGGAAAGUCACACUCGAAGGGAACAAUGGGCUUGGCGAACAGCAGAAUGACGCUCACUGUAGUGUGCCCCUAAACCCGAGCGACGUGGUGGACUUGUACGACCUGGUAGCGAAAAGUAAAGGCAGCAAAAAGAAAAAAACAUACUCCAUUCAUGAUAAAACAUUUUACAUUAAUUAUGACUCGGAGAGCAGUAGCGAUCUGAGUUUAUCAGGCAUGCUGCGUAUAAACUGCGGCGCAGCCAAUGGUGCAGCGACAAAAGGGCAGACGGGUGGAAGCACGUUACAUAGCUCUACAGAUGGAGGGAUAUUCAAAAAUUACUUAAAGGGGGAUGACAACAGGGAGGAGAAAUUUGUGAACAGAGAACACGACACACAGGAGGGGGGCACGCAAAAUUGCAUCCAAAGCGAAAACGAAAAGAAGAAAAAAAAGACGCUUAGUGAGAAGGGGCAUAUGGAAAUGAACUGUGGCCAAAAUGACCACUCCGUUGUAGAAGAGGCAAAACUGCGCAAGAUCGACAAAGUGCUGGAUUUUUUAAAAAACCAUAGGAACGCCUAUUAUAGGGUUAACGAGAGGGUACUACAAAGGGAGCGCCUGUACGACAUCAUGAGCUGCGAUCCGGAGGAGGAAGCAACGAGAUGGAUUGCAAACGGAAUUGCAAAUGGAACUGCAAAGGGGGCCCCAAGUGGGAAUACCCACGAAGCUGCCUCCUAUACGAAGAUCAGACAGGACGAAAUUGCAAACUACCUAGUGGAGUAUAUUGGGAGAAUCCUCCUGGAUAUAAAAAUAAAUCACAAGGAAAACGCACAUAUGCUUAUUAAACAGGAAAAAAAUUUUUACCAAGUACAAAAAAUAAUUCUUAGCAAUGGCAUAAUUAGCAGUUGCUGCAUUCGUGAUAUAUGCAACUUCCUGAUUGGACAAUUGGUCAACAGGAAAGCGACAGACAGACGCAAGCUAUGCUACGUUGUGUCGUUUUGGGGACAAUAUUGCAGCUUUAUUCAUUUUGAUAAGCCCUCGCAGGAGAUGUGCAGCCAAACCUGCAUCCACGUUUUUUUUGUUUGUACCCCGGAGGCGAUAUACAUAACGAUGGUCAAUACCCAAGACCGCGUAUUCUGA